GCUUUUUAUAGACGAGGAGACAAAAGUUUGUCAGUUGAGACGUGAAGAGAGGAAGGAGGGAGAGAUUCACAGAAGGAGAGAAAUAUUCAAACAGGAGGAGGAAGAGGAGGAGGAUGAUGACCAAACUCUGGGUCAUAGACAAAACAAAGAGAGUCACAGAAGUGGAAGAGGAGGAACAGACGAUGCUGCUUCAGCUCUGAAACUUGCAGAAGAAAACAACAAUGAUGAACAAAGAGAAAGACCUGAAGCAAACAGGUGCUGACACUGAAACUCACCUGAAACCACAGACGGUACAGGAAGCAGCAAGAUGUUGAGCGAAGCCCUGCAGCUGUGCUUAGGGCCUCCAUCAUGGACAAUGUGACACCUGGUGCCCUUCCAGGUGAGCCAGACUUGAAGGAAUACAACUACCUGGCCCUGGUUCUCGGGGUGCCACUGAUCCUGGUCAUCAUCCUGGGGAAUGUGCUGGUGUGUCUGAGCGUGCUCACUGAGCGCUCUCUGAAGACUGCCACCAACUACUUCAUCAUCAGCCUGGCGGUGGCUGACCUGCUGCUGGCCGUGCUCGUGCUGCCGCUCUACGUCUAUUCAGAGUUCUUGGGGGGGAUCUGGACGUUGAGCACCUACAUCUGCGAUGCUCUGAUGACCAUGGAUGUGAUGCUGUGCACUGCCUCCAUCCUAAACCUGUGUGCCAUCAGUGUAGACAGGUACAUCGCAGUGGUGGUCCCCCUUAAGUACAACAGGAACCAGUUCAGUGUUCGUCAGCUGGCUCUCAUCACAGCGACCUGGGUGCUGUCGCUGGGUGUGGCCAGUCCUGUCAUCUUUGGUCUGAAUCAGGUGCCGGAUCGUGACCCGAGCGUGUGUAAAUUAGAGGACGAUCGCUUUGUGGUGUACUCGUCCGUUUGCUCCUUCUUUGUGCCUUGUCCUGUCAUGCUCUUCCUCUAUUACUGGAUGUUUAGAGGCCUGCGGCGUUGGAGUGGGCGGAGCCGCUCCCAAGCAGGCCGGGCUGGUCGGCAAGUUUUCUCUUUACGGCUCAGCUCAGCUCUACGGCGAGCUAAAGCCACGACAGCUGGCAGUCAAGAAAAAGUCGUAUAUACGGCGCCCCCCGGGCUCAGCCCCACGUCUCCUUCCACCGUGUCUAUGGCAACACCCUCAGUGACACCGGUAAUGGAGGAACACCAGGACGGUGUAGCGGUGGUGGCGGACAGCGACCCAAUGACGACUCAAAUGGACAGCCUGUCGGAUGGUGACCCCACAGAUAGGAGGGAGGGUGGCAGCCGUCGAGAGAAUGGCCUGAAAGGCAGCGCUGCGAAAAAGAGGGGGAGGAGGCAGAGCAAGACCAGCAGGGUCAGCGGCCGUGAGCGCAAAGCAAUGAAGGUCCUGCCCGUGGUUGUAGGUGUGUUUCUGGCCUGCUGGACUCCGUUCUUUGUCGUCCAUGUCACCAAAGUUUUGUGCCAGUCAUGCAACAUUGGUCCCACACUCAUCUCCGUGGUAACUUGGCUUGGCUAUGUGAACAGCGCUGUCAACCCGAUUAUCUACACGGCCUUCAAUGCCGAGUUCAGGAACGUCUUUCACAAACUGCUCUGCUGUCAGACGUGAAAGCAGAUCAACAUCCAACAGGAAGAAGCCUCAGCGUGGAACUCAACUCGACUCAAACACUCUCAGACUUCUUAAGGUUUUUAAUGUGUGCGUGCUCUUAUUUUAAAAGUUUGGAGAUGUUACAGCCCAGAGGCAUAAAACCUGCGAACAUGUUUCUGAUAUCUGACUGUUUCCAUGUUUAAAGUUUGCAGCUCAUAAAAAUUUACUUUGACUGUUUGUACAGUGUUUCUGUGACUGAAGCAGAGAGCUUCAUGUGGACCUGGAUGUUUCCCUCGGUUUUGUGGUGAAGCUCGUUGAGGACAGAUGGUGUUUUUAGUAUUCUGAUCUGUGGCAUGAAGGUGAUGAAAUGUAGCUGAGCAAUCUUCUGUGUCAUUUGCACAAACACAAUAAAGAGAUUAAAGACUG